AGCAAAGUCGCCUGCUAUUACCUCGUGCGACCGGCCAUAUUGUAGUGAAUGAUUGACUGAGUGACGUACGGCUAAAGUAGCCAUAAAUAAAUCUUCCAACAUCUUAAAGUUGCGAAGAGCUUUCCAAUAAUUAACCACCAUGGAAAAUACGUAUGGAAUUGGCAUUGCCAAUAGGUACGCUCUUUUUUUGGAUGAUGAAUCCGAUCCAUUGGAAACGCUUACUUUAAAAGAGCAGGAAAAAGAACUGAAAAAGAAAACUAAAGUGGCCGAGAAAGAAAACAAAGUGAAAACACCGACCAUACCAAAGGGAAAACCGACCCCAGCUCAAAAAAAACCGGUUAAAGAUGUAAAUCAUAAGCCCCAGGAAAAUAAACGCGACGAAACUAAACCUGCCCCAAGAAACAAUGUUGACGGAAAGCCCGAACGGUCCUUUAAUAGAUUCAAUAAUGAAAAUCGUGAAGAAAGAAAUAAUAGGCGAAACCGUGAGGAUAGACCAUAUAAUGGACCAUCUGAAAAUAGGGAUCGUGAAGAAAGGCCUAGGAGAGAACCUGCGACUGGAGAUUUUGAAAACCGCAACAAUCGUGAUCGAGGAGAACGGCGUGAAGGACGCGAAGGACGUGAGGGACGCGCAAUUGGAAACAGACCCGGUGCACCACGUGGCCAACGUAGGAAUUUUGAUGGAGACAGGCGAGGCAAAAGGGAAUUCGAUAGGCAGAGCGGAUCAGACAAGACCCAUGGUUACAGAGGAGUUAAGCCGAUCGACAAGCGUGACGGAGCUGGGGCUCACAAUUGGGGAUCUCACAAGGAUGUUAUUGAGGAAGCAGACAGGCCUAAUAAUGACGCUAACGAAAGUUGGGGAGACGAAGUUAAAAUUGACCCUAUUGAAACGGAAAAGAAAGAGGAAGUCGAAGUCGAACAAACACCUGUAGAAGAAGAACCAAAAGAAUUGACCCUAGAUGAAUGGAAGGCUCAACGCGCUGGACGUGCUAAACCCCAAUUCAAUAUUAGGAAAGCUGGCGAAGGAGAGGACCCAAGCCAAUGGAAGAAAAUGUUCGAACUUAGGAAAAAAGAAAAGGAUGAGGAGGAUACUGAUGAAGAAGAAUAUGAUGCAUCAGAAUAUCCCCAACGCGUUGGUAGACAAAAGCAUCUCUUGGACAUCGAGAUUCAAUUCAAUGACAGUGUACGCAGAGGCGGUGGACGCGGAAGAGGACAAAGAUCUGGCGGCCCAAGAGGUGGUGGAAAUCGCGGUGGUAGUGGUGGCGGCGGCGGCGGCAAUCGAGCCAGAGAAAGUGAUAGACCAGAAAGACGUUACCAUAAUGAUGCUGUUGAUGAAAGAAACGAUGCCCGCCAAGCUCCUAAGGUAGAUGACGAACGUGAUUUCCCCUCUCUUGGCUAAUGGUUAGCCCCCAGACAGUCGUUCACUAAGUAUUAUCAGCUAUUUUAGUGGAUUACUACAAUGGGGCGACUAUCAUCACAAUAAAACUGUAUAUUACAAUUUAACUACUUUGUUAUGUCGGUACACAAUCUGUAUUCCGACAUAAACAGGUCUUUAGAAUUUCUUAGCAAGUUUUUCAAAUAUUCUAUAGGAGUUUCUUUCGGAAAAUAUCUCAUUUUGAGCUAUUGCAACACGUGGACUGCCGCGCCUUUGACGCCAUAAUAUAUACAAAAGUACAGCAGACACCGUUUUUAAUGCGGUAUUUUUUUGAGGAAUAAACUAUAUUCAGUGUAGACUGGAACACUCUGAAAGGUGGUGACUACUAGUCAGUGUUAUGCUGUAUUGUUAAACAGAUUCAUAUUGUCGCUGAUGCUCAUGUUAACAUUUGUUCAUGAUGCCAUUUUUCAAUUUGCAUUUUUUAUUACGAAGUUUUAAAUAUUAAGUUAUAGGUUUAAAAAAAUCGACAGGAAAAAUUUGGACAUGGAUGAUAGUAACGCCAGUCUCGAUAUAUUAUCAUAAUAUAAUUAAUUUAUCAUAUUGUAAAUGUAAUUUUUGGGUUGCUUUGUCGCUUUUCUAUAUCCUUAAAUAUAGCAUCAGCUGUAUCCACAUAUACAAUAUUCUCAAACAUGUUGUCAAUGUAUUGCUGUCAUUAACUCAGUGAGAGGAAGAGUACUCAUUAUCUCAGUUCAGAUAGGCUUAGACCAUUUCGCUCAAGGGGAUAUUUAUGUAACAAUCGAACAAAAACUUUAAAGUUAUUCAUUUUACAGCUACGGAUGGAUAUACGAGACUUAAUACAAAAAUAGAAUAUACCGGAUAUUCUAAAACACUCAAGAUUAAAGGCAGACACAACUUUUUCCAAAGCAUUUAAACGAAUCGGGCCUAAGUGGAUGUGAUAUCUGUAGGUUUGAGUCAAUGUUUCUGACUUACGAAAUGCUUCAGUUGAAACUGUUGUAUCUAUCUUCCCCUUUUCCAACUUUUUUAUAAUCCCCAUCCUGUUUGCUUGCAUUGAUCUGGUUUUGGCCAUAUUUAACAAAAAGAACAAAAUGCAUUACAAGGAAAUAAUUACUAAAAUAAAAUAUCAAACAGUUGCAAAAGUACGAGAGUAUUGAAAAGCGACAACGUUCGUAUCGAUAAUAGUUUAUUUUUUGUUAAAAGCUUUUUUAAUUAUAGAGACAUGUAAUUAAUUGUAUUUUAUAGCUAUUCGCUGAUGUUGCGGGUAUUAUGAAUCACUCGUAUUGCCAGUGACAUGAGUGUUUUGAAAGAUAACACAAAAUGGACUCCGAUCUGUGAAAUGAACAAUUUCUGUCCAUAUGGUUGACAUAUGUUUGCUUUCGCAGAAACUGGAAAGGUGUGUUCCGGCAGGCGCAUCUGUUCAUUUUUACUGAAGUUGUCUGCCAAACUAAGACCUGAAAUAAUUUUGCUUUUCCAUUUAACAGUUUUCUAUCAGUGUUAGAUGUCAAUACAUUUACAAUUUGGGACAUACUCGUAUCAUAUUUUUUUACUACGACUGAAUAGUUUUGUAUUCAUCUAAAUGUGUCGAGAACACUAGUAACACUACGGGAUUUUCAUGUGUGGUAAUUUUAAGUUACAAUUGAUUAUAUAUUGUUGUAAAAACCUUCAAACAACAUUUUCGAGUAGUUAAACGUGUAUGAUACACAAAUUUCUUCAAUAAAAUGUUUUGUUGUAACAA